GCCUGUGCCGCACAAAACAACAAACGAUGGCGGACGUGGUCACGGAGUUCAAGGUCGGCAUGACGUGCGGCGGCUGCUCGUCGGCCUGCGAGCGCAUCCUAAUGAAGAUCGCGGGCGUCAAGUCGGUAGCGUGCAACAUCGAGGCGCAGCAAGUGCUCGUGACGGGCUCGGCGGACGCGCAGGCGAUGCUCGCCGCGCUCCUCAAGUGGUCCGCGGCCAGCGGCAAGAGCGUCGAGCUUGUCCAAUAGAGCGAGUGCAUUUGAAUCACGAAUUCGUAUGCACGCUUUCCUUAUACGGACUUUACAUGUCGGCGGGAUCGUCCACUGCGAUACGCCCGUCUCCUUGUUGUAGUAAAA